AUGAUACCACCACCCACCACCCGCUGGGCGGUCCCAGCUCGCAUGGCGAGUCUCUUAAUGCUCCCUUUACUAUCUGUCCACGCCUCAGUGGAAGAUCCCAAGCUCCUCCCUACUCCACCAAUGGGCUUCAACAACUGGGCACGCUUUGAAUGCGAUCUCAACGAGACCCUCUUCACCGACACCGCCCAGUCCAUGGUAUCCCGCGGUCUUCUCGCCGCGGGCUACAAUCGUCUCAAUCUUGAUGACUGCUGGAUGACGCACGAGCGCGCCGCAGACGGUGCACUGCAGUGGAACGCAACCCUCUUCCCGCACGGUAUCCCCUGGUUAGCCGAUUUCGCGCACAAGCACGGCUUCCACCUGGGUAUCUACGAGGACUCGGGCAACGCCACUUGCGGCGGGUAUCCCGGUUCAUACGGGUAUGAGCAGAAGGAUGCAGAGACGUUUUCGAGUUGGGGAAUUGAUUAUCUCAAACUUGAUGGGUGUAAUGUCUAUCCCGAGAAGGGGAGGUCCAUGGCAGAGGAGUAUAAGCUUCGGUAUGGACAGUGGCAUCAGAUUUUGAGUGCCAUGGAGGAUCCGUUGAUUUUCUCCGAGUCCGCGCCGGCUUAUUUCUCGGAGAAUAAGACUGAGUGGGCGAGUGUUAUGGAUUGGAUCCCUUAUUAUGGGGAGUUGGCUCGCCAUUCGGAUGAUGUUCUUGUUUAUGUGGGUGAGGGGAGUGCUUGGGAUAGUAUCAUGGUGAACUACCACUAUCAGACUCUUCUCGUGCGAUACCAACAACCUGGUUAUUACAAUGAUCCGGACUUUUUGAUCCCGGAUCACCCUGGUUUGACGGAUGCUGAGAAGCGCUCGCAUUUUGCGCUGUGGGCUUCGUUUGGUGCGCCGUUGAUUAUCAGCGCGUAUAUCCCCGAUCUAUCGGAUGAGGAGAUUCAGUUCCUUUCGAACAAGGAUUUGAUUGCCAUUGAUCAGGACCCAUUGGCCCAGCAAGCGGCUUUGGUCAGUCGUGAUGGUACCUUUGAUGUACUGACUCGCUCGCUGGCGAAUGGGGAUCGGCUUCUUACCGUGCUGAAUACUGGUUCAAGCUCUGCAAAGACUAGCAUUUCAUUGGCUCGCUUGGGUCUGCAGAGCAAGUGUCAGUACAAAGCCCGCGAUCUCUGGACGGGCAAAACCUCCACUAUUCACGACUCUGUUGAUGUAUCACUCGACAGCCACGCCACGGCAGUUUACCGUAUCACUCCUGGCCGGGGCUGUACCUCGGUUACCCCGACAGGGAUGGUUUUGAACACUGUCUCUGGACACUGUCUGACCGCUUCCUCGUCUGGCGCUGUCUUUGAUGCUUGUAACGCUGCCGAUACCCAGGUGUGGAGUGUCUCUGGUUCGGGAACCAAAGUGACUGUGAGCCCGCUUUCGAAUCCAGCAAAGUGCCUGGCUGCCAAGGGAUCGAGUGUUGAGCUUGUGGAUUGUAAACGUGGAGACGGUACUGUUUGGUCACACGCUAUCACUGGUCACUUGCAGAAUGCCAAUGGGGAUUGUCUGACGGAGUCCGGCGGACAAGGAAGCCUGGCGGGCUGUGAGUUGCUGCAGAGUGGGCAGAUCUUGAGUUUGCCGAGUGGUGUGCAUGUUGUGGAGGGCAGUGGACGAAGUAGAUAG